AUGGAUUUCUCUACUAAACAAAUGCAAACUGAACGUGCAAGAUCUGCAAUAUUUUCUGGGCUUGAGUUUCCAGAAGGGCUAGUUGUCACUGGAAAUGAAAGGCUCUCACAAAGACCAUAUACUGGUUACGUUUGGCAGCUGGAGUAUGUUUGCAUGUGGAGGGAAAGAAAUGCAAUGACUUUCUGCAAUGAACAUCAAGAUGUGAUUUCUGUUCAGCAUGAAUUUGUUGAGUCAUAUAGAGGUAAGCUCUCUUCUUUCUACAAUGCCAGGAUACAGGGAACCGUAGGCAUGUCAGAAAUCAAUGGAGGCCACCCAUGCAUUCUGCUUCCACUUGACUUGGAGAGCUUUAAAGGUCUUGUGCAUGAGAGCAAGUGUUAAUGUUGGAACAACUGAUUUUGUAUGAUGGUUAAAACAGGUCGCAGGAGUUACACUUAACAUGCUUUAUUUAUAGUUUUAUACUGCCAAACCAAUAAAGCUUUUGUGUUGGAGUUUGCUAGUAGUACUCAGCUAAAAACCCAGAGCAAUAUACAACCCCAGGCUUUUGGUUUUGAUAUUGGUAGUAGUUAACUUGGUGUGCUGGGCUGGGGAUGCCCACUAGUAGUAUACUUUGAGGCUGCCCUUUCCUUUCCUUAUACUGUUAUUUUCCUUCAUGAAUAAACUCUUUAACUUCCCAGAGGAGGAAAAAAUUGCUGUUCUUUACAGUCUCAUGAUAUAAGUGUUUCCAUGUCAAUAUAUUCCUCGGACUGUCACCAACUCACAAUCACAAUGUUUACACCAUAAUUUCAAAUUUCAUGAAAAUGCUAGAGUAUUCAAAUGUACCAAUAGAUUUCCAGGUCAAAUCACUGGCACUGAGCUGGCACUACAACUUCAGUUCCGAUGGAAUGACAAACUUUACUCCCACCAAAAUU